AUGGCCGAAAUAAUCGAAGAUGUCCAGAUGGACACGCAAGAGAUUGAGCAAGAAACCCCACCUUCGGAUGUAUUCAUGGCGCCGUCAAUUUACAAGGCCGACAUACAAGCGGGCAAGUCCUACUCGCACUUCUCGCCAAUCCCGCAGCAGGUUGCGGAAGACAUGUCCACCGAAGUCGUGCUUGGUGUUGACGAGGCUGGACGAGGUCCUGUGCUAGGUCCCAUGGUCUACGCCCUCUUCUACCUACCGAUCGAGCUACACCAUUCUCUACUAGCCGACACACACCACUUUGACGACUCGAAAGUCUUGACGCCCCAAGUCCGCUCCAACCUGAUGCGCAAGCUCUGCACCAAGGGCUCAGAUCUAUACCAAGCCGGCGGAUGGGCUACGAGAUUGCUGUCGGCACAGGAUAUCUCAGCGCAUAUGCUGUCACCAGCCGUGUACAAUUUGAACGCACAAGCCAUGGACGCAACCAUUGACUUGAUCAAAGGAGUCUUGGCCCAAGGCGUGAAUGUUACGGAGAUUUACAUCGACACAAUCGGCAGGCCAGAAAUAUACCAGAAGAAGCUAGAGAGGAUAUGGCCUACCAUCCGCAUCACCGUCGCCAAGAAAGCUGAUAGUCUCUAUCCCUGUGUCAGUGCUGCGUCUGUAUGCGCCAAAGUUACCCGAGAUGCUGCGCUUGAUGUCUGCUACGAGCCCUAUCACAAUCACGAUGCCGGGGUGGACGAAUCGGCGGGAGGUGCAGAGGUCAAAGUAGCCUGGGGCUCGGGAUAUCCGUCUGACACACGGACAUCGACUUGGUUGAAGCAGAACAUGGAUCCUCUCUUUGGAUGGGGUAACGAGUGUCGCUUCUCAUGGUCAACGGCGAAAGAGUUGCUUGAAGGGAAGAAAGCAGACGUUGCUAUCGAUUGGCCCGUUGAGGAUGACAGCAACGAUAUGCGCAUGACGGACUUCUUUGCUGGGAGGAACGAGAGUGGUGGAGACGAGCUUGUUGACUGGUUCGGAAAGCGCGUCACCGAGGAAAUGGAGGUAUUCUAG